AUGGAGGCCCGGGAUGUGGAGGGCGAGGCUAGCCUGGGCUCCCUGUCGGUCAAGACCUGCCUCUCACAUCCGAUUCUUAGCUUCUUCUUCGGGGGUCCUGGGAUCCCCACUCGGGUGUUUCUCCCCUGGUGGGUUGGCAGCGCGCCUGAGGGCUGCGAGCGGCAGCCUUCCCGGCGAGAGGGAGGGCAUCGCGGAGAGGCCAGGCUGGGCUGGGCUGGCCCCUGUGGCCCCGUGGGGGCCCGCGGCCGCAAAGGACCUUUCCAAGGCCAAAAGGUGGCCAAGGCAAAAAGCCUACAGCACCCGACGACGGCGCCCGUCGCCGGGAGCCUCAAGAGCCUGGCCGCUGCGCUCAGCUCCUCAGUUCGCCGGCCACCCUCCGAGCCCAGCUCACCCACCCACCCACCGCCCCUGAGCCCGGCUCGAGCCCCAGCCCUCGGCUCCAGCCCGCCAGCUAGGCCCUCCUCAGCCCGCUGCCCGCGUCCGCGGCCCCUGGCCCCUGGCCCGCGGCCCGCAGCAGGGGCCCAGGGCCGGCAGUGGCCCGCCUUUCCCCAGGACCUUCUCCUCUCCCGUUCCUCACGGGCCGGCCGCACUCACCGGGCCCACCCGGGCCUCUGCUCCGUGGACGGUGGGGGUAGAGGCAGGUCACGGGGCCAGAAUUCUCUUAGUGCCACCCGGCCACCGGGCCACCCGGCCACGCACCCACCCAACGCUGCCUCCAUCAAGGAAGAGCCAAGGGUCUUCUCGCGGCUGGACCGGACCCGACUGAGGUUCCAGGUCGGGCCCAUCUUGGACCUGGGUGCUCUGCUCGGCCACCACCCUACUGACUCCUACUGGCCCGCGCCCAGGCCUUGGCCUCUGGGUCGGGCUCCGGAGGCAACCAACUGUGGCUCUCUGGCAUCCCAUCCCACCGGCGACACGCGCAGCCACACCCACGAGCACUUCCCGCCCCCGGAGAGUCCUCCCAGACCCCCGCCAGUGGAGCCAGGCAGGCAGCCAGGUGCGAUGGAGGCCCGGGAUGUGGAGGGCGAGGCUAGCCUGGGCUCCCUGUCGGUCAAGACCUGCCUCUCACAUCCGAUUCUUAGCUUCUUCUUCGGGGGUCCUGGGAUCCCCACUCGGGUGUUUCUCCCCUGGUGGGUUGGCAGCGCGCCUGAGGGCUGCGAGCGGCAGCCUUCCCGGCGAGAGGGAGGGCAUCGCGGAGAGGCCAGGCUGGGCUGGGCUGGCCCCUGUGGCCCCGUGGGGGCCCGCGGCCGCAAAGGACCUUUCCAAGGCCAAAAGGUGGCCAAGGCAAAAAGCCUACAGCACCCGACGACGGCGCCCGUCGCCGGGAGCCUCAAGAGCCUGGCCGCUGCGCUCAGCUCCUCAGUUCGCCGGCCACCCUCCGAGCCCAGCUCACCCACCCACCCACCGCCCCUGAGCCCGGCUCGAGCCCCAGCCCUCGGCUCCAGCCCGCCAGCUAGGCCCUCCUCAGCCCGCUGCCCGCGUCCGCGGCCCCUGGCCCCUGGCCCGCGGCCCGCAGCAGGGGCCCAGGGCCGGCAGUGGCCCGCCUUUCCCCAGGACCUUCUCCUCUCCCGUUCCUCACGGGCCGGCCGCACUCACCGGGCCCACCCGGGCCUCUGCUCCGUGGACGGUGGGGGUAGAGGCAGGUCACGGGGCCAGAAUUCUCUUAGUGCCACCCGGCCACCGGGCCACCCGGCCACGCACCCACCCAACGCUGCCUCCAUCAAGGAAGAGCCAAGGGUCUUCUCGCGGCUGGACCGGACCCGACUGAGGUUCCAGGUCGGGCCCAUCUUGGACCUGGGUGCUCUGCUCGGCCACCACCCUACUGACUCCUACUGGCCCGCGCCCAGGCCUUGGCCUCUGGGUCGGGCUCCGGAGGCAACCAACUGUGGCUCUCUGGCAUCCCAUCCCACCGGCGACACGCGCAGCCACACCCACGAGCACUUCCCGCCCCCGGAGAGUCCUCCCAGACCCCCGCCAGUGGAGCCAGGCAGGCAGCCAGGUGCGAUGGAGGCCCGGGAUGUGGAGGGCGAGGCUAGCCUGGGCUCCCUGUCGACGACGGCGCCCGUCGCCGGGAGCCUCAAGAGCCUGGCCGCUGCGCUCAGCUCCUCAGUUCGCCGGCCACCCUCCGAGCCCAGCUCACCCACCCACCCACCCUCCGCCCCUGAGCCCGGAUCGAGCCCCACCCCUCCCUCGGCGCCAGCCCGCCAGCUAGGCCCUCCUCAGCCCGCUGCCCGCGUCCGCGGCCCCUGGCCCCUGGCCCGCGGCCCGCAGCAGGGGCCCAGGGCCGGCAGUGGCCCGCCUUUCCCCAGGACCUUCUCCUCUCCCGUUCCUCACGGGCCGGCCGCACUCACCGGGCCCACCCGGGCCCCUGGCAGGGCAGGCUCUGCCUUGGGUCCCCGAGUCGCCCCACCCCGGGGCCUCUUGCCAGGUAGCCAGCCCCUGGCCUUCGGGGCCGGUUAG